AUGGCACCAGAGGGGGACCCUACCGUGAUUCUCAGAUCUCGCUUUGCGGAUCUGGGGUCCCAGGAGAAGGAGAGACAAAACCUGAUUGACGAGACCUUACGAGUGAUGGAAAACCUCGAGACACAUGUAAGGCAAAUCGAGUUAGAACUGGACCAUGAGCGAAGCUGGCGCCUGUCCUACCGUGACAACAUGGAUGAUUUGGUUCGGCGGCGGGAGGACAUCAAGACUCUGAUAUCCAAGCAUUCUUUUGUGGCCGUUUUAGUAGAUGGAGAUGGCGCCCUCUUCCUGGAUGAGCUUCUCCAGAGGCCCAAGGAGGGUGCCAACGAGGCUGCCCGGCGGUUAGAACAUGCCGUGAAAGAAGCCCUACGAGGCAGUCUCGAUCUUGAUCCCGAUAAUCUGACCAUCGUCAUCCGGAUCUUUGCUAAUAUCAACAACCUCACCAAGACGAUGCACCUCAAAAACAUCAUUUUAUCUCACAGUGACAUGUAUAUCUUUGCCGAAAACUUUACGACCAGCCGGGGCGAAUUCGACUUCAUUAAUGUCGGGCCGGGGAAAGAGAAUGCCGAUUCUAAGAUUAAGAAAAUGCUUCAUCAUUAUUAUAACAACUUCCAGUGCCGCAAGAUCUUCUUCGUCGGCUGCCAUGACCCUAGUUAUCUGAAUGAACUUCAGCAGUAUAAAGGCGACAACACCGAGAGUCAAGAGCGUAUUGUGCUUGUUGAGACAACUCCAGCACACCUUUCAUUUCGGUCAUUGCUGCCCUUCCAGAUGAUUCGAUUUGAUAAUGUCUUUCGCCCUGAUCCUCUCACCACCUCGCCCACCUCCUCCUCAAUGGACGGAUUUCUUGCAGCGCCCUUCAAUACUCCCUUCAGCACGCCUUUCAGCACCCCGUUCAACAUCCCCUUCGAUCCCGCUCCCGGUCGUCCCUCUCCAAGGAACCUCUCUCCGCCAAGUAUCAUGUCCCGGACCGGCUCUCUGGACAGCCGGCCCAGAGCAAGCUCAAUCGGCACGGAUUUCGACGAAGACAGUGGCGUAUCCCUAGGGUUCUCCCUCCCCUAUCCCAUUGUAGUCUCUCGCCCCGACUCGCCCAGCAAGAUCACGACCUCAAAUACCAAGAAGGAACCGCGCGUGAUUGAAUAUAACAAAGAUGGCCUGCGCAUCGACCCGCCUAACAAGAAGCCUUCUGAUCAAGCCACCUACGAGAGCUACCAGAAGAAACUGAAGAACCUCGUCGGGCACAAGGGCUUCUGCAACUGGAAGUACCUGCGCGGGUACUGCAAGCGUGGCAUUCACUGUGUUAUGGAGCAUGACACACCGCUGAACGAGGGCGAGAUCGUCGUGCAGCGCUACAAGGCACGCUUUGCCCAGUGCGAUAAUGGGCCCAGCUGCAGCGAGUUCGAUUGCCUAUUCAGCCACCACUGCCCGUAUGAACCGUGUACGAAUGUUGAUUGCAAGUUUGCUCACCACCUGUCCGGACGUGAUCGCCAGCCACACGCCCCAGAGCCUGUCACAGAGCAUGCCGCAGAACAUGCCACAAAGUAUGCCACAGAUUAUGUCACAGAGUAUGUCACGGAGCCUGUCACAGGGUAUGCCUCAGACCAUGCCUCAGACCAUGCCUCAGACCAUGCCUCAGACCAUGCCUCAGACCAUGCCUCAGAACAUGCCACAGACUAUGCCGCCGGCCGUGCCGUCUGUGCCCGCUAUCCCAACCAUCCUGAAGUAGGGAAAGGACUUAAGAUUUUGGAGAUUGAAGAUUGA